GUGGGCUCAGAAACAGUGAGGGCGCUGAGAGAGACACCUUGAUGCUGUGAAAAGGCGUUUUCUUCUGACGCUGAACGUUUUACGAUAUCGAGAGUAAUAUAUAGGCUAUAUAUUUUUAAUUAGGCUACUUCAUCGUCUUGAAAGCACAAUGGCACGAGGAGAAGGCGCCGAGCAGUACGCGGCGAGUUUGUUAUCAGCCAAAGCUAUUAAUACAGAGAUCAAGACAGCAAAGCCGAAGCACCUGAGUAUUCGUCUGUCUGUAUGGAGCAAACUGUGUUAUGCCAUCGGUGGGGCUCCAUACCAGAUCACAGGCAGUGCUCUGGCAUUCUUCCUCCAGAUCUACCUGCUGGAUGUGGCUCAGCUGGACCCCUCCCAUGCCUCUAUCAUCCUGUUUGUGGGCCGGGCCUGGGACGCAGUCACAGACCCGAUAGUGGGUUUCCUAGUGAGCCGGAGUAGAUGGACCAGCAUUGGCCGCAUGAUGCCCUGGAUAAUUUUCUCUACUCCGUUUGCGGUGCUGACUUACUUCCUGAUCUGGUACGUGCCUCCUUUUGAGCAGGGGAAGGUCUUCUGGUACCUGAUCUUUUACUGCCUCUUCCAGUCAAUGCAGACGUGCUUCCAUGUACCAUAUUCAGCCUUCACCAUGUUCAUCAGCAACGACCAGAAAGAGAGGGACUCUGCCACUGCUUAUCGUAUGAUGGUGGAGGUGCUGGGCACAGUUCUGGGCACCGCAAUCCAGGGACAGAUAGUUGGUGGCACCACAAAUUGUCCCGCAGAGCCUGAUGUCCCAGACAGCAAUAACUCAACCACAGUCAACAUGUCCAGUGUUGCACUGGAUGAGACGAAACAAGCGUACUUGGUUGCUUCCGGGGUCAUCUGCAUCAUCUAUGUCCUCUGUGCCGCAAUCUUGUUUUUUGGUGUGAAGGAGCAAAAAGAGAGCGGGCGAAGAAAAUCCCAGGUCCUCACCUUCCGUCAGGGCCUAUGGCUGGUGAUGAGCCACGGACCAUACAUCAAACUGGUCAUCGGCUUCCUCUUCACCUCUCUGGCCUUCAUGCUACUGGAAGGAAACUUUGCUCUUUUCAUCACCUACGCUCUUGGCCAUAGGAAAGACUUCCAGAACAUUCUCUUGGUCAUCAUGCUAUCUGGGACUCUAAGCAUCCCGUGUUGGCAAUGGUUUCUAACCCGGUUUGGAAAGAAGACGGCAGUUUACUUCGGCAUCUCGUGGGCAGUACCCUUCAUGAUCCUAAUCGUUUCUAUCAAGAGCAACCUGAUCAUUUCUUACCUGGUCUCAGUGGCAGCUGGUGUGAGCGUGGCGGCAGCUUUCCUCCUGCCUUGGUCAAUGCUUCCUGACGUAGUGGAUGACUUCAAGGUUAACAAUCCAGACGUCCACGGCCACGAGGCCCUUUUCUACUCCUUCUAUGUGUUCUUCGUCAAGUUUGCCUCUGGCAUAUCGCUGGGUGUCUCUACACUCAGUUUGAAAUUUGCCGGCUAUGUGACCGGGAGCUGCUCACAACCCGAGACGGUCAGUUCAACCCUGAAGGUGCUGGUCUCCCCUGUGCCUGUGGUUCUUAUUGGUGUGGGGCUGUUGAUAUUGAAGACCUACCCUAUUGAUGAGGAAAGGAGGCAGGGCAACCAAAAACUACUGCAGGAAAUGCUGGACUCCGAAGCAGAUUCUGAGUCUGAAACUACAGCGCUUGGGAGCAACGUGUAGUGGCAGAGGGCGAGCCAGCCACCACAGCUGCUCUUCGUGUUUGCACAGGCCAUCAAGGGACAUGACCACCAACUAUCUAGACUAAUAGAGGAGAGACCACAGACCACCUCUGCUGCCUUCACACCAUGAGCAUUAACCAGCUCCCUCCAGUGUAUCACACAGGUUUACAUCGCCCUCUAGUGACUGUGUGUGUGUGUGUGUGUGUGUGUGUGUGUGUCUAUGAUUUAAAGUAGUCUCUGUCCUUUACCUGCAGCUGUGUCCCAAUUACACUGCAUCUCCUGAAACUAAAAAAAACAUGCACAAUUUAUAAAACUACAGUGUAUCAUUUUGUCAGGUAGCUGAAACGCAGAACUGGGAUCUGUCCAUAUCUUAACCUAAAUGGGAAUCCACUACUUACUUGGACAGUGAAAUCUGAUCACCUCAUCAUUUAAACAGAGAGAAACAUGUUUUUCUCUAACUACAAGUGUGUCGCUAAGACUCAUGGGCGCUGUAGUCCUUUAAUCUUGGUGAAGUCAAAGAGAAUGUCAAAUCAAAUGUUUUCCAAAGAUGUUAUACUUUUUUGUUUGAGAUGUUACUGUAGCUUUCAACAAUGUUAUUUACCUUCACUCGUUGUUAGAAGCUUCUGUUUCUUUUAAGCAUAGCAUUGUGGGAAAGUGGUAUUCAUCAACUCUGCUUGGAAUUGGGAUGCAGCUUGUGAUGUUGCGGCAUUGUUUUUAUGAAGUAUUUGCAGGUUUGGACUGGACUGUGAUGUUACUUUUUGAUGUUUACCAUGUCUUAGGUCAGGCAUGUUUGACUUUCCAUUCAGUGCUCUGAAGGAAAUAAAUAGUAUCAGCCCUUAUUUUUAAAGGGCAUACCAGCACUAUUCCACUAAUUGGAGUUGUAUGAAGCUGUACUACAAUUUCUACUUUUCAUUAGGUGUUGUGUGCUAUAGAUCACUUCUUAAAAGUGGCACCUUGUGGUGAAUUGUGGUUGAUGUACUGGAUGAAGGCUGACUCACUGCCUAACACACACAUCUUGUAUGAUUAGUUGCGAUGAGAUUAUGUUUAGUUUCCUUUUUGCAACAGAGAAAGGUUUCCCAUCACACCUUAUUGUGCUUUAACAUUUCAGCCAAGCUCUGAGACUUAAGACAUUUCUGAAUGUGCUUUCAUAGCAAAGUCAACUCCAGUAUGAAGUAAUUUCAUCUAGCAUGUUCUUUCUUCCCAAGGAAAGAUAAAAUGCUUUAUUUAACUAUUUAUUUAAACCUUCUAAGGGAUUGUCUCAUGAAAGCACGUGUAAUAAUUUAAGUAAACAUUUAUUGAUGGAUAUGUGACAGAUGACUGUGAUUUUGAAGUAAAUGUUUGAAAACAUCAAUGGUUGAGGUUUUUUUCUUUUUCUAGAAAAAGAAAAUGUCAAAAGCUGCUGUAACGAGUUGCAUACUAUAUAAUAUUGUGACUCUCAAACUGAGCUUUUCUAUUCGAAGGUCUGCAGGAGACAUCUGUCCUUACUUUAGAUGUCUUGAUUUAACACAUGAUCUUAUAUACUUAUUGGUGAUUAAAAAUGUCAAUCUGUAAAACUUAAUAUUCCUGCAUAUUUUUUAUUUUUAGCAUUUUGAAAUUGCACAGAAUGAACCUAGUGAAGCACAUCGUAACUCUCCAUGGUCUCCUUGGUGUUCAUAUGCUUCUGUGUGUAUAAUAUGUAAAUACUUUUUUCUAAGUUUGACCUUGAUGAGCAAUAUGUAAAUCAGUGAAGAGACAAUUGAUAUGCUGUAAAUCUGCCAUUUUAAGUUUGAAUAAAGUUUGCUGAAACAGAGAAACCUGCAA